AUGCACGUCCUGCCGCUGGAGAUCCUCCACCAGAUAUUCUCCCUAAUCUGUGACGACGGCGGAUACACCGGCUGCUCGCUCUCUCGCACAUCCAAGGUCAUCCGCGCCGCCUCCUGGGCCGCGCGAUUCCACACCGUCUCCCUCAUCGCCUACCCAUCCCGGCUCGAGUCCUUCACCGCCCUAUACGAACGCGCAUGCGACCCGCGGCUCGGGACCACACCCAAAGUAACGCACCUGCAUCUCACCAUACCGUCCAACGCCGCGCUGAUCGCGCGCGGCGGGGUCGCCCGCGUCCUGGUCUCCGUGUUUCCACGCAUGGAACGAAGCCGGACCCCGUCCCCUCUAUCUUCGGACGCGGAGAGCGGCAGCGAUGGCGAGAGCAGCGUUCACCAGCACGCAGACGACGCACACAAGCCUCAACGGAUCUCCUACACCCCCAGCUACACCGCCGCCGCACGCGCCCUCGUGUGCCUCGUCGCCCCCCACCUCGAGACCCUAGUGCUCCAGUACGGGUUCGCCGCGGCGGAGCGAGACGCGAAGCCGCUCCCCUUCAUCGACCGGCCGUUCCCGCGCCUGCGCGAGCUCACCGUGCUCGGCCUGCACCGUCUCCGCGAGGUCCUCGUGCACGGGGAAGACCUGGAGGGCGUGCCCGUCCUCUUCCCCGCGGUCACCCGCCUCCACCUCGUCCGCAAGGACCUGUGGCUGUGGCCGUACGACGACCUCGCGCUCCUCGAGACGCACGCCCCGAACGUCACCCAUCUGCGCUGUACGUGCUUCAGCAGCUUGGGCGGCCGGAUGAUGGCGUCCCUCGCCUUAGGGCUGGUUUCAUCGUUGUCUGUGAUGCUGGGAGCGUCCCUGGCUGCAAGUCUGGGUAUCGCGCGAGACCCUGCAGACGAUUUGGCACCCGGGGAUGAGCUCGAGCGGCCGGGGUACGCGAACCUUCGUCAUAUUAUCCUGCAGCCAGACAUUCCCCCGGCACCAUCCCACCAGAGCGUGAUUCAGGAGUCCAUAGAGCACUUGGAGGGCGCGUGUCGGUUGCGCGGCGUGGACCUCACGUUGCUCGAGCCUGGCCCAGAGACCUUUGAUGAAUGGAGCCGUAGAGUCUGGGAUGAAUGGAAAGAGCGUCUAGACGGCGGGGAAGGCUGCUGGAAAGAAAUGGCAGUGGCGCCGGGCCCGGGAGAAGAUAUGAACGACUGA